AUGGACCUGGCCAUCACGCAGGAGCUGGCCCGCGCCGAGAGCCAGCAGGAUGCCGCCGCCUUGAAGAGGGCUUACGAGCUCAUCAAGUCCGCCAACCUGGGCAAGUCGGAGUUCGACCCCAGCGAGAGCUUCAGUCCCGACCUGUUCGUGCUGUGCGCGGAGCAGGCCCUGAAGAUGGGGCAGCCGGCGGUGAGCGAGGACUGCAUCCAGAUGUACUUCAAAGUGAAGGGCCCGGUCACGCAGUUCCUGGGCCGCGCGCACCUGUGCAGGGCUCAGCUCUGCCCCCCCAAGUCCACGGACGACCUGGAGGAGUUUGAAAACUGUGUGACUCAGUACAUGAAGGCGAUUAACUUCGCCAAAGGGGAGCCCAGGUACCACUUCCUGGUCUAUAAUGCGUCCGUCCUCCACUGGCGAAUGGCCAGGCCCUUCCUCAGGCCUGGGUAUCACCACCACCUGAUCUCCAGCCUCUCCCAGAUCGUGAGCGUGCUGAGUCAGACCGAGGACGAGGACAAGGACUGGCAGGCAGAGCUGAUGCUGGAGCUCCUGGAGUGUUGCCUGCAGGCGGGGAGAAAGGAGGAGGCCCGGACGCUCUGCGCCACGGCCGCGCCCUUCGUGAAGGCCCACGCACCGCACAGAUACCGGCAGAUGUUUGCUGUCAUGGUGCGACAUGAGCUGAUGGACGAGCUUCGGCUGAAGGAAGAAAAGAGAGCCUCUGUCAGCCUUUCGGCCACGUUCCACAUGAACCUGCUACAAGGGAAAUUGGAUAGGAAUGAUUUACCUGAAGACGUCAACAAAAUUCUGAAGGGCAUCUAUAAACAGUUAGGUUAUUACAGUCACCAACGCUCCCCUUCGAUCAUGGAGGAAAAAACCCUUUUGCUCCUUGAACUCGCUGGUCUUUCUCUGACCUUGAAGUGUGAGGGCAUCUGCUCCAGCUGCCUCUCGGACUUGAAGAACAUGGACAGCAAGGACCCCGGGAGGCUCAUUGAAAUCGAGUGCCUGGAGUGUCAGCUGGAAGCGCUGAGACUGGAGAGUAAAAUCAAAACCUACGUCCGAACGGCUGUGGAGGCCCAGCUGAGCAUCGUGCAGAGGCUGGACGGCACGCUGCAGCGAGCCGUCUGCCUGGGCGACCCCCACGCCGCCCACGUGGUGUGCGCCGCCCAGUGGAACCUGUGCCUCCCGCUCCUGCAGCACAACCUGCGGCACCACCUGCGGAAGCCGCUGACCGGCAUCGCGGAGACCCUGGAGAAGCUGGACAGCCUCAUGGUCCUGCUCCGCUGCCAAGUGCACAUGGAGCUGGCCCACAUCGAGGAGGACGAGGACCGGCUGGAGCCUGCCAUGGAGCACCUGCAGAAGGCCAUGCUGCUGGACAGCCAGGGCCUGUACCAGGAAAGGCUCCGGGUGGCCUUCGGCCGGCUGCACCUCUGCUCCCUGCUGUACCAGAACCCCGAGCGCGCCGAGGACAAGGCCGUCAUGGCCAUCGAGCAGGCCAAGAAAGCCAUCCCCAAGGACAACGUCCGGAAGAAGCGGGCCCUCCUGGUGAACGCAGGCCUGGCGCUGGCCCCCGACGCCUUCCAGAUCGUGCUCGACAGCGAGAAUGAGGCCAAGGUUUCCACCGGGAAGAGCAAGAGCCGUUUCACCCCGCUCUUCGCCAGGGCCCGGCACCACACCGUCAGCGUGGACAAAGCCACCGGGCACCUGUGGCGCCUGGGGAGCGAGAACUACAAGGAGAGGGUGCGGAUCUGGGCGGAGCUCGCCAAAGUCGCGCGGAAGCAGGGCGUGUGGGACGUCUGCCGGGCCGCCUGCCGCUUCUGCCUGCUGUACGACAGCGCCAAGGUGAAGAAGCUGUCGCGGCAGAGGAGAGGAAGGAAGAAGCGGGGCGGGGACAGCGGCGGGUAUGACUCCAGGGGCCAGUCCCAGGUCCUGCUGCAGAGGCCGGCGUCGCCGAGCCUGCUGCGGAAGUUCGCGGAGGUGGGCUUCAUCAGCGCCGAGGCCACUGUCCACUUGCUGCGGUUGGAGGGUGUGCAGCUGAACGACCGCCCCAACCCCCCCGAGGACUUGAGCCAGCACGCGGCCGGCUACGCGCUCCAGAACCCCGAGGACAACUCGGAGUGGGUCACCUACAGGACCUGGGUCGAGAGCCUCUCGCAGUACGCCAUGACCAACUGGCUGCGGUCGGCCGAGAUCGGGCAGGAGAUGCAGGAAGCCUGGAUCGUGCAGAACGCCGUGGUCUACGUCCUGAACCACAACCACCACCUCAUCACGGCCGGGCGGCAGCAGGAGCUGGUGGACACCUUGUACCGCCUCCUGAGCAUCGUCAAGGCCACGGGCCACAACGGCGACCCGGUCAUGCUGGCGAUGCUCUGCAACGCGCUGGCUCGAGGCCUGAUCAUCAGCUGGAUCCCGGCCCAGACGCCAGAAAAGGCGAGAAGGCCCGUGCGUCCGAACGUGGCUCACGCGCCCCUGGACCCGGAAGCCGCCUCCGAAGUCAGGACCGCGGUGGAGGUCUGCGAGUUCGCCCUCAGCCUGACCAACGGGACGGCGCCCGAGGAGGCUGUGCCCGUCGAAGCCCGGCAGCAGCUCAUCGCCACCUGGGUGAAGGCCAAGCAGCUGCUGCAGCAGCAGAUCGGGCCGAGGCUGGGCCCGGAGGAGCAGAGCACCAACGAGGACAUCAGCUCCGUGACCAGAGUCCUCGUCGCCCUGGAGAUGUAUUCCUGCAACGGGCUGGGCCUCAUGGACUUCACCGUGCCCCCCUUGGCCCAGCUGGUGAAGAUGGCGGCCGCGUGCAGCUGGGCGGAGCCCCUGGUGGAGCUGCAGACCCUGGCUCGCCUGAGCCACUUCGCAUACGCGGCCCGCGACCACGAGGUCACCAUGGCGUGCUCGCAGAGGGCCAUCCAGAUGGGCGUUCAGUGCCUGAGGAAGUUCAGUCCGGUCCAGGCGCAGCUGGCUGCGGAGGCACUGAGCAUCACCGCCUGCACCCAGGGCAGGAGCAUCGUGGAGAACCUGAAGGGGCGGAAGCAGCUGCGUGUGGCGGCCGCCAAGGCCUUCACGGAGAGCGUGCGGUUCGGAGGCAUCGCGCAGAGCAGCGCCCUGGUGAUGCUGGCCGCCCGGCACUACUGGAACACCCAGCUCCCGCUGCUGUCCUCCGCGGCGAGCAGGAGGGCAGCCAAGAGCGCCGUGCAGCAGGUCAUCGCCGUCAUCAACAAGACGGAGGCCCAGACACAGGAAAAAGGAAGCACGCAGCGCCUGCACCAGUGGCCGACCGCGGACUUCCAGGGCGGAGGCACGUCGGACAUCUCUUUCCUCCCAGGCGCCGAGGACGACCUGUCCCUGCGCGCCGCGCUCUACGGGCUGCUGUUCCACUGCCACGCCGACCAGGACGACUGGGAGGGCGGCCUGAAGGUGCUGGAGGAGGCCGUGCAGGUGCUGCCGCGGACGGCACAUCGCCUCUUGAUCUUCAAGCACAUGGUCCUUGUGAAGGCCAAGCUCGGCCUGAACUUCACGAUGGAGAUGCACAAGUUCAAGGACGAGAGCGAAGACUACUUGGCCCACAUGUGGCACCGCCUGGCCUUGAACUCAAAGGACGUCUAUGUACAACUGACCUGCUACCAGAACGCAAUCCAAGCCUUGCAGAGGCCCGAGAGCGAGUGGCAGAAGGUGGACUACAUCCUGGAGUUCGGCGAGUGGCUCUACCACAGGCAGUUCUCCGUCGACGACGUGGUCUUCCACCUGACCUGGGCGGCCGACAUCAUGCUGGCCGCGCCGUCCGCCAGGGGCGCCCCUCCGCCGGCAGGGGAGGACCCGCCCCCACAGGCGGCCGCGGAGAGACCGGGGCCCGCGGACGACGCGGGGACAGUGUCCUUGGAGCAGCUCCACAGUGUGCGGCAGCUGGAGGGCCUGGCCCGCGCCCACAUCCUGCUGGCCCUGGUGGUGUCGCCCAGCGCCGCCGCCUACCAGGACUACUGCCUGGUGGCCUACGCGGCCCUGCGGCGCAUCUGGCAGGUUUCUUUAUUAACAGCAAGAAAAUCCAUUUCAGAGAGUAAACUUCCAGCAGCAGCGAGCUCGCAUGUGUUGCUGCCUAAAAAAGAGAAGGAGAAGGUCAAGGACAAGGACAGAGAGAAGGGCAAAGACCUGAAGCAGCCGCCGCCCCGGGUCCCCAGCGAGGAGCCGGAGGACGUGCCAGCCAGCGUGGAGGCGUGGGCUUCCUACUUCUGCCCGGAGGCGGUGACGGCCUUCUUCACGCAGGACAGGAGCGACUUCACUGUCAACGCCUCCAGCAUCCAGAGGCCGACGCACACGCUGUACUGCCUGGACCGGCUGGUCGAGGCCCUGCAGGAGCUGUCCCUCCACGAGCUCACGGUCCCGACCCUGCAGCUGGGGGCCCUGAUUUCGGCCUGCGUGGUGCACAGCAAGAGCCUCGAAGACCUCUACCACCUCCGGCUCGCCCUGGUCUGCUCCAACUUGAAGCUGAGAGACGCGGCCGCGUCCCACGAGGACGCGGUGGGGCAGGCCUACCUCGGGGACGCGGAGCAGGCCAGCUGCAGGAAAGAACUCGCACUGAAAAGGGAGAAGAACAGGGAGCCGCUGCUGGAAGAAGGUUCGUGGACGCUGAGCGAGCCCAUGGGCACCGGGCCCCCCGCGGAGACGAAGCCCCUCGUGGAUGAGGACCAGAUUUUGCGGAUCAACGGGGAGACCGGGAGAGGCCUGGACGGCACGUCCCUGCCGCAGCUGUGGACCCUCAAGGCAGAAGUCCUGCUGGAGAUGGGCCUGUGCCAGCCGGCGAGGCUGCUCCUGUCCGAGGCCCGCCAGGCCUUCCAGGAGCUUGGCGAUCCCUGUGCAGAAGCCAGGUGCCUGCACCUUCUGGCGCAGCUGGCCAACAAGGAGAGAAACUACAGCCAGGCCCAGAAGAUGAUUGAGCGCGCCCAGCGCCUGGGCGGCGGUGAGGCCUUCUGGUACCGCUCCACCCUGACCCUGGCCGACGCGCUCCUGUCCACGGAGCAGGAGGGCAGAGAAGUGGCGGCCUGCCAGCUGUUCCAGGCGCUCGUGGAGACUUUCCGGGCGCUCCAGAGGGAGAGGCCCAACCGAGCGCCCCACCUGGAGCUCAUGGCCACGGACCUGGAAGCCAGGUGCCUGAGCCUCCGGACCCAGGCGGCCCGGGCGUCGGUCGGCAGCGGGCCCUCGGAGCUCCCGUCUUUGCUGAAGGAACUGGACGGCUGCCUGCUGGCCGUCGAGAAGAAGUUUGCGCAGUGUGGCAGCAGGGAGAGCUGCGUGGAUGUCCUGCUGCAGCGUGUGGAGAUAAAGAGGCUGUGUGCCCAGAUCGAGCCGGACGGGGAGCGGCGGACCGCGCACCAGCAGGAGGCCUACGGCCUGGCCCAGCGCGCCGUGGCCGAGGCGGAGCAGCUGCUGCAGGGCGUCCAGCACCUCCUGGCCCUGCACGACGUGCAGAACGUGAACACGCCUCUGAUGAGGAAGCUGGCGCGCCUCAAGCUGAGCCUGGUGGAGGUGGCCCUGGACACACUGCAGCUCGCCUGGGGGGGGCCGCUGGGCCCGCGGCCGGGGCAGCACCCCUGGGACGAGCUGCUGGCCGACGACCUGCACAGCUCCAGCGCCGACUCCUCCGCUGGCCUGAAAUGGCGGGCGCUGCAGCGGACGCUGCCCCACACGGCGCUGGCCCAGCUCGAGAGCCUGCAGCCGCUGAGCGCCGGCCGCGCGGAGACCCGCGCGCGGCUGCUGGGCCUGGCGGGGAAGGCCCUGCGCCUGCUGGCCCUGCGGACGGACCCGGUGCCCCCCGCCUCCUGCUGGGAGGAGGGCCCCCCGGCGGGGGCAGAGCCCGGCGGCGUCAAGAUCCACCGGGAGGACGGAGCCGGGGAGCAGCGAGGUGGCAGCCAGCGGGCCCGCAGGGCGCCUCCCGGCGACCAGGAGCGCAGCCGGAAGGGCUCCGACCUGAAGAGAAGGAGGGCGCUGGCCCGGCGGUACCUGGCCCAGGCGUCGGAGGUGCUGCUUCAGGGCCUGCAGGCCGCCCUGGGCUGCGGGCUCCUGCAGGUGGCGGCGGCCACCAGCCUGCAGGCGGCGGAGUGCGUUGGCGCGCGCGACCCCGAGGCCGCCUGCCAGUUCCUGGCGCUGUCGCAGAGCUGCUGUGCAGCGGAGACGAUGCGGGGCGUGCUGCUCGCGGCCACAGCCAACACCGGCGGCUCGCAGCCCGCGGCCCUGCUGCAGCUCGAGCGCGGGCUGCGGCUCCGGGAGCACACCUCCGCCCGCCUGCUCGCCGGCGUGGAGCAGCGGCUGGCCGCCGUCUCCAAGGCUUGGCAGAAUCUCCAGGUGACAGAGCAACAUUUUAACCUCUUGAGUGAGGUUCCUCCCACCUUUCGGGUCCUCUUUCUGCACCACUCGCCUGACAGGACCCACCUGUACGGUGCUGCCUACGAGACGCCCAGGCUCGUCCCCACCAAAGGGAAGGUGGCCCAAGUGGGCGGCUCCUGCAAGGUGGCCCGGGUGACCGUGAGCCCAGCCGCCUUCUCCGGCCUGUUGGCCAGCGCCCAGCGGUUCCGGGAGCAGACACAGGCAGCGGCGUGCUGCGAGGCCGCGCCCCCGAGCCCCGGCCCAAUUCCCACGGUCGCCACGGAUCUGGGGAAACCAAAGGGCAAAGACAAGGAGCGGAAGAUGUCCCUGUCGCCCCCAGUCCAGCCCGAGGCCGCAGACAGCGUGGUCCUCCUCGUGGACAGGCCGCUCCUGGAGCUGCCCCUGGAAGGCCUGUCGGUGCUCAGGGAGGGCCCGGCCUCCUCCGUGUCGCGGGACUUCUCCCUGCAGAUGCUGUGCAGCCGUCUGCACCGGGAGGAGCCAGACGCGACCAGGGCGAAGGACAGCAAAGGCAAAGAGCUCAAGAAGCGAGGCCCGGCCAAGAGGGGCCAGAAGGCCGGCGCGCCCCGGGUCAUCGCCGCGGACUGCAUCACAGUUGACUCGGAUAAUUUCAAGUUCAUCGUGGACCCCUACGAGGAGGCCAGGGGCCCAGAGACGCUGACUCCGGUCUCCGUAACCCGGGAGACCCUGGAGAAGUUCAAGGACACAUUCACCGCGCGAUGGGCAGGGCACCUGGGCAAAAGGCCCUUCCCCAGCCAGGCGCAGUGGGAGCAGGUCCUGGGCAGCUGCGAAGGCUUCUUCUUCUACGGGCUGGAGAGCUUCCUGUCGCACCUGCUGGUGGAGAGGGUGGCGGCCAUGAACCUCGGAGACUGCCAGCUGAUGGUCCUGCUGGACCGGAGCCGGUCCCACGAGAGCGCGCGGCGGACGAUGGAGGCCUUGGAGAGCAAGAGUGCGCUCGAGCUGUCCUUGGAGGACCCCGUCGAGACCGCCGCCCUGCUGAGCCUGGUGGGGGUCCGCAGCGUCCUGGCGAACCAGUGGUGGACGCCCCUGCGGGACAACGCGCUGCGGGCCCGCGUCCUGUGGGAGAAUCUGCUGCCAGGCGGGAAGCCGGUCGGGAGGGCUGUCCGCCUCCUUCAGAGGAUGGAGGCCGAUGAAAUGGCCGGAUACGACGAGGCUCUGCAGACCGUCGAAGACAGGCCGGUGCUGCGGCCUCAGCCGCCGCGCGGUGCCGACUGGCCCUCCUUCAGCCUCGGCCUGGUCCUGUACGGGCUGCCGCACCUGGCCAUUCUGUGA